AUGGCUGAGCAGGGCCUGGAGAUGGCUUCUAUGAUUCCGGCGCUGAGGGAGUUGGCCAGUGCUAGUCCAGAAGAAUACAAUACAGUUGUGCAGAAACCAAGACAAAUACUCUGCCAGUUCAUUGACAGAAUUCUUACAGAUGUAGAUGUUGUUGCUUUGGAACUGGUUAAGAAAUCAGAUUCACAGCCAAGUUCUGUAAUGUUGCUUGAUUUUAUUCAACAUAUCAUGAAAUCUUCUCCGCUUAUGUUUGUAAAUGUGGAUGGAAAUCAGGAGGAAAUUGACUGCAGUUGCAUUGAAUUUAGUAACUGGAUCCUCACAAGGCUUCUCCGAAUUGCUGCAACUCCAAACUGCAACACGUUGCACAAGAACAUUUGUGAUGUCAUUUGCUCUUUACUUUUUUUGUUUAAAAUGAAGAGUUGCUCCAUUUUUGAAGUACUAACAAAAGACUUGCUGCAGCUUUUCCAAGAUUUAAUCCUCCUGCAUGAAAGAGAUGCACAAAAGCAUCUCUGGGGAGAUGGACUGGUCUGGCCAGUGACUGUAAAGAGAUUUUCAAGCAGUACAAAUGACAAUGUGGGAUAUUUAAGAUUGGCACCAUUACAGUUGAUGGGUAUGCCCAAUGUAGAAUGUUUGGAAGUUAUAUUAAUGUCUAUUCUCACAGAUAUUGUUGCAGAUGUGUUUUUUGUAAGACAAGAUGUUAUUCUCUGGGGGAUAGGCUGCUCCUUGUUGGAGUAUGGCAGUCCAAAAGUUAAAGCUUUGGCAGUGAAGUUUUUAGUAAGAUUAAUUCAUUUAGGAGGACCUCCGGAACAGCUGGCCAGUUUUUUCUUCACAGUCUUUUUUGGAAUUCUACAGUCAGCACUUGAAAUGGAUACUGAAGAAUCAGAACUCCUUGGAGAACCACUCUUACUGUUGGUGAGGACAUUGCUGCCUUUUGAAACAGAUUCUUACAAAAGUAUUGAACCUGUAUACUUGAAUAUGCUACUAGAGAAGCUCUGUGCAUUGUUUGAAGGUGAUGUGUUUAGGUGUCUUCAGUCUGAAAAGCUGAAAGCUGCUUUUUGCCAUAUACUGCAAUAUUUUCUGGAGUUUGUUCCAACUGGCUAUGAAUCUGCCUUGCAAGUAAGGAAAGUCCAUAUCAGUACCAUAUGUGGAACUUUUGUGAAUGUGCUUGGAACUCAGGAGGAACAACAGUAUCUGGUGAGUCCACUUUAUACAGCAUUAAAAACACAAACGGAAGAAAUCUUUCAGGAGCUUCAUCAGAACCAGGUAGAUACUUCUGAUACUGAUGGAUGGAGCAGCAGCAGUGAUGAAAUUCCAGAGAAAAGACGACGACUAAGCCUAUCAACAAAGCAUCCAAAGAAGCUGCCUGCAGCAGUAAUUCCUGUAAACAUGAAAUUGAAGAGCACUCUGUGGAAUGCUAUUAUGAAGAAAGCUGCAUCAUUAAUAUUUAUCCUUGAGAAAGAAAUUCUGACAGUGGAUGUUCUUCAGACUGUAGAAGGGAUUGCUGUAAUUCUGCGACUAGCUGCUUUGUGCAUAGUUCAUUGUUCUCCCCCAGCAAAUUCUACCAGUAUGGAUCAUAAAGUAACUCAUCUGUGUAACUCUGACACACAAAAGAAUACUCCGAGCUCCUCAGAUUCAGUGGUGAAUAUACAGUUCACGUGGAUUUCCUCUGAUCUUAUCACAAGAGUAGUGAAAGUCUGCAGAAACCUGUUAGAGACUGCUACGCAGCUGGUUAACAUAGAACAAGUGAUUGACAGAGUAGUGAAAAUCUUUGAUGCUUUACUGUAUGCACAAGUGAAAAUUUCACUGAGUGAUCAGAUUCUUGAUAACUUAUGUGGACUGCUGUCUCUGCCCUGGAUUUACAGCCAUCCUGAUGAUUCUUCUUUUAAGUCAUCUACUUUUGGGUUUGAUCCUCUAGUUCUGAGUCAAAAUACUGCACAGAGUUUCUCACCCCAAACUCAGUCACAUUGUGUGUUCCUUCUGUCUCUCUUCCCAAGAAACAUUUGUCUGAAUUGGAGAAAAUCCAUUUAUUAUUGGGCACUACAAAGUCCUCAUGAAGUAAUUCGGGCUACUUGUGUUAAAGGAUUCUUUCUCCUGCUUCAUCCACCAAGUGUGCAGUCCUGCAGUAUGAUUCCCAAAGCUCUUCUAAAUCAAAUCAAAGAUGAGUCUGAGCUAGUCAAGGAGGCUUGUGCUGCUAUAGUUGGGAAAUUAUCAUGCUGUCUUUCUGGUACAUUCAGCGUACGACCUUCCUUAGCAGACUCUGCUAUUAAGCAUCCUUCUUAUGAUAUUUUAUGUAGCAGCCUUACUGUGACUUCUGCUGAUGAAAAGACUUGUUCUGUGCAAGCCUGUGUUUUCAAGCCAUUUCUUACUUUGCUGGAGAACAAAGUAUCCAGUACAGUAAAGCUAGCAUUUAUAGAAAAUAUACCUCAUCUUUGCAAACAUCUGGAUUUUAACACUGAUGAGUCCAGUGUGAAGAUUCUCGUUGGGUCUUUAUUAAAUCUAAUGGAAGAUCCAGACAAAGAUGUAAGAGUGGCAUUCAGUGAUUGCAUAAAGAACAUACUAGAAUCCUUAGACUCUGAAGAGGGAUUCAUAAAAGAGCUGUUUGUUUCAAGAAUGAAAGAAGCCUAUACAAAUGCCAAAAUAUCAAGAAAUAAUGAGCUGAAAGAUACUUUGAUUCUCACAACAGGAGAUAUUGGAAGGGCGUCAAAAGGAGAUUUGGUACCAUUUGCCCUCUUGCAUUUGUUACACUGCUUGUUGUCCAAAUCAGCUUCUGUGGCUGGAGCAGCAUACACAGAAAUUCGAUCCCUGGCAGCAGCUAAGGGCAUAAAACUGCAAGCUUUUUUCAGUCAGUACAAGAAGCCUAUCUGUCAGUUCCUAGUGGAAUCCCUGCACUCCAGCCAGAUGGCAGCAUUGAGUGCUCCAUGCCAAGGGAAUGAGCUACAGAAACAAACAGCUGCUCACCAGAGAGAAAUGGCUCUGGACAUGUUAUCUGAGAUUGCCAAUGUGUUUGAUUUUCCAGAUCUAAAUCGCUUUCUCUCACGCACCCUACAAGUUCUGCUCCCUGACCUUGCAGCUAAGGCUAGUGCUGCAGCCUCCACACUGAUUCGAACCAUAGCAAAACAGCUUAACGUAAACCGAAGAGAGAUUUUAAUCAAUAAUUUCAAAUACAUCUUCUCUCAUUUGGUCUGUUCCUGCUCCAAGGAUGAGCUUGAGCGGGCGCUUCAUUACCUCAAGAAUGAGACCGAGAUAGAACUAGGCAGCUUGCUGAGGCAGGACUACCAAGGACUGCAUAAUGAGUUACUGCUGCGAAUAGGAGAACACUAUCAGCAAGUCUUCAAUGGUUUGUCUAUAUUGGCUUCGUUUGCAUCUCAUGAUGAUCCGUAUCAGGGACCUAGAGAAAUAACAUCACCUGAACAGAUGGCUGAUUAUCUACAACCUAAAUUGCUUGGUAUCUUGGCUUUUUUUAAUAUGCAGUUACUGAGUUCCAGUGUUGGCAUUGAGGAUAAAAAAAUGGCUUUAAACAGUCUUAUGUCGUUAAUGAAACUCAUGGGUCCCAAACACAUCAGUUCAGUAAGAGUGAAAAUGAUGACUACGCUGAGAACAGCUCUAAGAUACAAGGAUGAUUUUCCAGAACUGUGUUGCAGAGCCUGGGAUUGUUUUGUUCGAAGUCUGGACCAUUCAUACCUUGGCUCAUUACUUAGUCACGUGAUCGUGGCAUUAUUGCCCCUCAUACAUAUCCAGCCAAAGGAAACUACAGCAGUAUUUUACUUUCUCAUAGUUGACAACAGGUACUGUAUCAAAUAUUUUCAGUUAUAUGAGAUAAAUCCUGUAAUGGGAAUGG